AUGAUGCAAAGGGCGAGGACAUUCCUGGGGCGAGUGCAGCCCGUGAGCAGGUACACCCUGGCUCGCUACAUCAGCACGAGUAGCGUGAAACUUAAAAUCGUAAAAUGUAAACUGUUCGAUAUCGGAGAGGGUAUUUCUGAAGUGGAAAUAACUCAGUGGAACAAAAAGGAAGGAGAGAGUGUGAGCGAAAUGGAGACUCUACUAACGGUUCAGAGUGACAAAGCAGCUGUAGAUAUAACGAGCAAAUACAGUGGAGUGCUUGUGAAGAGAUACGCUGAGGAGAAGGAUAUCAUUAAAAUUGGAUCGUACUUUUGCGAAAUUGACACGGAGGAUGACAUUGUGGAAGAGGAGGGAAAUGGUGAAGAGGUGGCAGACAAUCAGGCGGAGGCGACGGCGGUUGCAGAUGAGGCACCUGCAUCAUCCCAAGUGCACCAACAAGGGAAUAAAAAAUCCAACGUGAAAGCAUCCCCCGGGGUGAAGAAGAAGGCCCAAGAGUACAAACUGGACAUGGAUGAAAUUGGAAGUUACCUUAAUAAAGACACCAUAACGAUGGAAGAUGUGGAGCAGUAUCAUCAGAAAGUGAAAAACGGAGAAAUUUCAAAGGCAGGAAGUAACGUAAAUGAAGAGGGCAUGGAAGAAGUACCACUACAGGGAAUUAAGCUAGCCAUGUGUAAAAGCAUGAACGAUUCUUUAAGUAUCCCCCUAUUCCACUUGAAUGAAAAAUACAACGUGCAGAAUUUGAUAAAUGCCAGAAAUGAAAUAAAGAAAAUGGUUCUAGAAAAGGAGAACACCAACGUAACAUUAACAAGUAUUUUGAUAAAGCUAAUUUCAAAUGUGUUGAAAGAAUUCCCAUUGCUAAAUGCCAAGUUUGAUUCAAAAAAAAAUAGCUACACUACUUAUAAGAGCCAUAAUGUGUGUGUUGCCAUGGAUACGCCAAAUGGAUUACUGGUGCCCAAUAUAAAAAAUGUGGAAUCCAAAAAUAUGGUUGAAAUUCAGAAGGACCUAACUUCCUUACGUGAUAAAGCCAUGCAGAUGAAACUGAGCAAAAGUGACAUCACAGGAGGUACAAUCACAAUUAGCAAUUUUGGAGUUAUAGGAGGUACGUUUGCCACUCCAAUUGUAUUUGAUAACCAGGCGUGCAUUAUCGGUUUAUCGAAAAUUCAGAAGGAGUUCUUUUUAAAAAAUGGAAAGAAAGAGCUAACCGAGUUAUCCGACAUCCUUGUUGCCGACACCAUGAACUUGACUUAUGGCGCAGACCACAGAUUCGUCGACGGAGCUACACUCGCUCGGUUUUCAAAGAAGCUCAACGAAGUCGUGGAGGGCGUCACUUCGCUCGACCCCUACGCGGUGUAG